AUGCUCUCCAUCCUUGUUGCGGGCUUGUACGCCCUCUCCUCUAUUCAACCUGCAUUUGCGGCCGUGGCCGGUGACAGGGUCUGCAAGGGUCCCGUCAGCUCUGUCAAGUGCGAGGGCAAGUCAUACGUCUAUGAGAAGCUCGCCGGUGUCGGCCUUCUCCCUGGCAAUGGACGAGAUAAAUAUGGAGAUACGCUCGGUGGACUCGGGAGUUCUGCUACCAUCGACUUGAAGAGCUGGAAGAAGGUGAAGGGAAAGUACACUGGUACUUUGUGGUCCCUUCCCGACCGUGGCUGGAAUACCGAGGGUACCCUCAACUACCAGCCCCGUCUCCACAAGUUCACCGUCACUUUUGACCCUCAUGCCAAGAAGACCAAUGUCUCGUCCUCCAAUCCCGCCUCCAACCUCGUCUUCUCGUAUGAGGACACCAUCCUCUUCACGGAUCCCUCCGGCAAGCCUCUGACCGGAAUUGACCCCACUGGUGUCUUGAAUUUUACCGGUCUCCCUAGCGUUCCUGCCGCAACCUACACGGGCGACGGCUUCGGCGCGGGCUCGAGCGAGGAAGGCGACACCCGCGUCUGCUUGGAUGCCGAGGGUCUUGUCCUCAAUGACGAUGGAUCUUUUUGGAUCUCGGAUGAGUACGGUCCUUUUGUCUUCCUCUUCGACAAGAACGGCAAGAUGUUGUCCGCCAUCCGACCUCCUGAUGCACUCGUACCUAUGAGGAAUGGAACCGAGUCGUACUCUGCUGCUUCCCCUCCCCGAUAUGACCCCGAUUUCAAGAUUUCUCCUGCGAGCCCGACUUCCGGCCGCAACAACAACCAAGGUUUUGAGGGUCUCAGUGCUUCCGCCGAUGGCAAAACCCUUUAUGUCCUUCUCCAGUCCGCCGCCAUUCAGGACGGAGGUGAUUCCAAGGGCACUCGCCGCCAUGUCCGUUUCCUCACCUACGACGUUUCCAAGAAGACUAGCCCCGUCCUCGUCUCCGAGAACGUAGUCCCCCUCCCUGAGUACAUCGACCGCAAUGACGGCAACAAGACCCGUGUCGCCGCCCAGUCCGAGGUCUUCUCUCUCGCGAACGGCCAGUUCUUGUUCCUCCCCCGCGACUCUGGUGCUGGAACGGGCCUGGAGUUUACCGAAUCCAACUACCGCCACAUCGACAUCUUUGACGUCUCCAAGGCCACAGAUAUCGCCGGCACUAAAUAUGACGAGGUUGGUGGAGCCGUCUCACCCAAGGGUGUCCUUGCCAGCGAUAUUACGCCCGCUGUUGUCUGCCCCUGGAUUGACUUCAAUAUCAACUCUGAGCUCGCCAAGUUUGGUCUUCACAACGGCGGUGCCAAGGAUCUUGGUCUCCUGCAUGUCUCCAACUCGCAGAACGAAAAGUGGGAGUCUAUUUCUCUCGUCCCCGUUCACGUCGAUGAGAAGGGCAAGAGGAAGGGAAAGAAGGGCGGCAAGCAGCACGAGGAGUACUACAUCAUCACCUUGAGCGAUAACGACUUUGUCACCCAGGACGGCGCCAUGAACUUUGGCAAGUUACCCUACAGUGAUGAGUCUGGUUCUGAGAACCAGAACCAGGCUCUUGUGUUCAAGGUCAGGAUCUCGGCUUAG